UUCCAGGAGAUCUCCAAGAGCAGGAUUGUUGACCACUGAUGCACGUGCCAGUAGGUAUCGAGGAAGAGUCCCAAAUGGCCCUAUUCCAUUUAGGGUGUAGUACUUUUUGGUCCAAAGUAGUACACUGUACAGGGAAUAUGGUGGCAUUUGAGACUGACCCCGCCCUAGUGUCCUUACCUCAGUAAAUCAGAAUAUGUGUAGGCAGAUGUACACUUGUGCUGUCUGUCUGCCAUCAUUCUGCCUAUGGAGACUUUAGCGGAGCUGACUGUGAACUCCCUGCUUAAAAACCAGAGUGACUUUGACUCUCCAUAGAGAUCAAUUAUGGCACAUUAAUUAUGGAUAUCUAGCCAUUUCCAAACUACUGUAGGCUAGUUGUAACGUCUUCAGAUAGCAGUGAGAUAACAUUACUAGCUAGCUAACAAUGUGGAGACAGAAAAAUAUAUAUUUUAAAACGAACAUAUUGUAUAGAUCCGGAAUGGCAUGCACUUCCUUUAAGUAUUGAUUAUUGGACAAAAUCGAUUUGAAAACCUCUUUGACUUUACCUAGCCAACAAACUACAAACAUUGAGUUGCAUAGUGAGUUGAGUUGCAUAGUGGGGAAUGUAGUCAUGUUAUUGAUACAGUAAAGCGAUUCGAAGCAACAACUCUACUGGCAUGACUACAUUUCCCAGAAUGCUACGCGCGGUGUAACUUUUAACCUCUGGAUCAAAACAAGCCGAUCAGCUGAUGAAACUGGGAACAACAUCGUAUGAAAUCUCGCUGUCGGGCAGCGAAAUUAUCUUAACAAAUCUAUACAUAAUAACGGUGUCUUUGUGCUGAAUUAUAAGUUGCACUGGAUGCCAUGUUUUCUAUUCAAAUAUUAUAUAGCGUUUUUUCCUCUGUAGAAGCAACGGUUUAGAUUACGGGAACAGCCGUCGUCCAUUUUUUUUUUUUUGGUUUUUCGACGAAGGAUUUUGUUGAUGUUUUUACACUGUCACCGUCGCCUAUUUCUGCUGUCAAAUUGGCUUAGCCAACAACAACAACAACAACAACAGUAGGCUAACCGUACAGUAGCAAGAUAAUUACAAUGUUAUUGCUGAUUGACAGCUAACGAUUACUUGCAUGUGGGGCUUGUAGGAUAGCUGCAUGUCUGGACAUGUAUGUAGGACGUCGUUGUUGUCAUUGUUUUGCUGACCGACAGGCACUUUGAUGACAUAUGGCUUUUGUGACCUCUCACAGUUCACAUUAAAUGUCCAUCUGCUAAGUGUUAGAAGAGGGAGUAGAGAAGAGACACCUCUACCAGAAAAAAAACAACCACAUAAUACGCUAGAGAAGAAUACAUGUCAAUCUUUAACACUAUAGAAUAUAGUCAUAAACAUAUUUCCAAGCAGUUUGGUUUCGCAGUGCACUUGUAGACUCAUCGGGUACAGGUUAUCGACAGAAAGCAGUAGCAUACUGAAGCGAUCAUUAUGAGUGGUCAAGGUCCGUCGGUAGAUAAAGGGAUGAACACCAUCCUGGUGUGUCAGGAGAGCUACGCCUGCGGUGGCUCAGACGAGGCCGCCUUUGAAUGCGACGAGUGCGGCAGCCUGCAGUGCGUCCGCUGCGAGCUGGAGCUCCAUCGUCAGGAACGCAUGAGGAACCAUGACCGCGUCCGCAUCGCACCGGGACACGUUCCAUUUUGUGACUCCUGUAAGGGCGACAGCAGCGGGUGUGGGGUGAACGGGGGCAGGCUGAGGGCGGUGGUGCGCUGCCAGGGCUGUAAAAUCAACCUGUGUCUGGAUUGCCAGAAGCGGACCCAUAGCGGGGUAAACAAGAGGAAGCACCCCGUGACCCCCUACCCUCCUCCUGGUCAAGUCCAGCAUAGUAGCCUGGAGGCUGGGGAUGGUGGGGAGAUGGAGGCCCUCAAGGCAAAACUAGAGAAGGUGUGCAGCUUCUUACUGGUGGAUGCGAAGGAGGAGAUGCAGUUGAAGGACGAGGAAGACUUUGUGAGCCGGCUGGACUGUAGACCUGAGGAACUCCUCAAGGUCGUGUCUAUCUUCGGCAACACAGGGGAGGGGAAGUCCCACACACUGAACCAUACCUUCUUCCUGGGGCGGGAGGUGUUCCAGACGUCCCCCACCCAGGAGUCAUGUACCGUGGGGGUCUGGGCUGCCAUGGACCCCAUUCACAGGGUGGUGGUGAUCGACACAGAGGGACUUCUGGGGGCAGGAUCCAAUCAGGGCCAGCGCACCCGGCUGCUCCUCAAAGUCCUAGCCGUCUCCGACCUCAUCAUCUACCGUACCCACGCCGACCGUCUCCAUGACGACCUGUUCAAGUUCCUAGGCGACGCGUCGGACGCCUAUCUGAAGCACUUCACCAGGGAGCUGAAGGCCACUACGGCCCGGUGUGGCCUGGACGUCCCUCUGUCCACUCUGGGACCAGCUGUUAUUAUCUUCCACGAGACCGUCCACACCAAGCUACUGGGCUCAGACAACCCAUCAGAGUCUGCAGAGCGUCUGCUUCAGGAGCGUUUCAGAAAGCUGGGUCUUUUCCCCGAGGCCUUCAGCUCCAUCCAGUACCGCGGGACUCGAACCUACAACCCCCCGACAGACUUCAGCGGUCUCCUGCGUAGUCUGGAGCAACAGUUAGAUAACAACACUACCCGCUCACCACGUUCUGCAAAUGUCAUAUACAGAGCCCUGCAGGCCCUGAGUGAGCGUUUCAGUGGGGAUAUCCCAGAAGAGCACCUGGCCAGUAACUCUUUCUUCCCUGAUGAAUACUUCACGUGCUCCAGUAUCUGUCUCAGCUGUGGGUCUGGCUGUGUGAACAGUAUGAACCAUCUGAAAGAGGAAGUGGAUCACGAGGCGAAACACCGCUGUCGCUACACUGCUCAAUACGACAACCGCAUCUACACCUGUAAAGCGUGCUAUGAGGGAGGGAAGGAGGUGAUUGUGAUUCCCAAGACGACAGCCUCCUCUGACUCUCCGUGGUUUGGUCUGGCCACGUACGCCUGGUCUGGGUAUGUGAUAGAGUGUCCCAACUGUGGGGUGAUCUACAGAAGUAGGCAGUACUGGUACGGGAACCAGGACCCGGUGGACACAGUGGUCAGGACUGAGAUACAACACAUCUGGCCUGGGUCGGAUGGUUUUCUGAAGGACAACAACAAUGCAGCUCAGCGACUGUUGGACGGUGUGAACUACAUCUCCCAGAGUGUGUCAGAGCUCAGUGUGAAACCUGCCAAAGCUGUCACUUCCUGGCUGACCGACCAGAUUGCCCCGGCCUACUGGAAACCCAACUCCCUCAUCCUGAAAUGUUGUAAGUGCAGUGAGGUGUUCCAGGACAACGAUACUAAGCACCACUGCCGUGCCUGUGGAGAGGGCUUCUGUGACGGCUGCUCCACCAAGAACCGUCCUGUUCCUGAGAGGGGCUGGGGGCUCGCCCCCGUACGGGUCUGUGAUGCCUGCUUCCUGAACCGGAGCGUCUCAGAAGAGCUGCUGGAUGCCGCGUUGGAGGAGGAGGAAGGAGGGACACUCAGUAGGAGAGUAGGAGAGGCUGUUCAGAAUACACUGGGAGCUGUGGUCACUGCUACAUACAUCCCUCUGGGUCUGAUGAAGGAUGCAGCUCGUCCAGCCUACUGGGUUCCAGACCAAGAGAUCCGAUGCUGCUGUGAGUGUCAGAGAGACUUCUCUGCCCCGCGUCUCUCCAUCCACCACUGCAGGGCCUGCGGCCAGGGCGUGUGUGACGACUGCUCCCCUGAACGCAGAGCGGUGCCCUCUAGGGGUUGGGACCACCCAGUGCGUGUCUGCAACACCUGCCACCAGAAACCUGGGGACCUCUAGUAGGAGAUAGGGAACAUAUUGGCACCCUAUUUCAAAAGUAGGGCACUAUAUAUGGACUGGGACGCAACCAGAGAGACAGUUAAGGGUUGUGUUCAUUAGGCUCGAAGAAAAUACUUCCAAAACAGGGAGGGACUAUCUGUAAUUGUCCAAUAACAAAGCUGAUUUUUGUUUUCCCCUGCUUCUAAACUUUUUUUGCUACUACGGUGUGCCCUAAUGAACACGACCCAGGUUCCACCUAACGCCGUGGAACUCCCCCCGUCUCUCUGUGGCUCCGGAGUUCUUGUUAUUCAUUGUGAUGUCAUCCGUCCUAAAGCCUUGGGCGUCACUUUAUCCGAGAGGGAGAGAGUUACGCGUUCCUUGGCUUUAAAGAAGUUCAUUCCACGUUUUAAGAUGAUUAGCCUGAAUAACUACCAAUCUGUAUAAUAAUCUCGGACGCUGGGUGGUUGUAUAUGUGGUUUUAAAACGGCACGGACAGACAAUAAUAGAAUAGCAUUAAUUCCGUAUACACUACCAGUCAAAAGUUUGGACACACCUACUCAUUCAAGGGUUUUUCUUUAUUUUCUACAUUGUAGAAUAAUAGUGAAGACAUCAAAAACUAUGAAAUAACACAUAUAGAAUCAUGUAGUAA